AUGAUAGUUGAUUACAAUGAUAAUACUACAGAUGAUAUGUUUGAUUUUCCAAUAAAAACUUUAGAAGAACUAAGUAUAUUUGAAGACAAAUUAAUGGAUAAUAAUUUUAGACUUCAAAUGAUAAAUUAUCUAUCCAGAUUGGAACGUCCAAAGGUAGCUGAUAUGACAAGACAAAUAAUGGCCAAAGUUUUUCAUAAUAAUAUACUCUCUGUGCAUUCUUAUAUCGGACAAAAAAAUAAAAAUGUGUUUUCCGUGCUCAAUUCUUGUUCAUUAAUAUUUGCAACUAUAAGAAGCAUACCAAAACAUAGAAAUUGUACAGAUCUUGAAAUUGUUGGUCCAUUAAAAAUGUACAUGGCUAAUGCCAAAUUCCGCGAGGAAAAAAAGCAGCAAUCCAUCUCUAAUGCAUAG